AUGGUACCACCGAGCUAUCGUACACAGCAUUUUAUUUUACGACGCAACCCGCUUUUAUCGAAUGAUGUGUCGCAAAAUGAACUGUUGUGUACGCAAACACCCUCAGUCAGCAGAUGUAACAAUUCAUACAUUCCAACCAUCGACCUCCUUAACUAUAACUCUCCUCAUUCUACUAUAAAAUCUCUAGAAUACGCGAUCACAAAUGAUAGAGAUGAGCUAGCUGAAGAUUGUAUACGAUUCAUUGCGGAAAAACUAAACACAAAUAACGACCAAUUGAAUGAUUCUGAAAUCAAAGGGCUCUUAAAUGCACUAUGCUACGUAUUAAGAGAAUCAAAAAACAAAAUGGUGUAUUUGGCUAUUCAAUGCUUUGCCAAAUCGGGUUUCUUUGAAACUGAACGUUUCUUCGAAUUGUUUUGGCUGGAGAUUCCCGGAAUUGUAGAACUCCUCUUUAAAUCAUGGGAACAUUUAAAAUUCUCAGAAUUUCAAACAAAAACCGCACUUUCCUUGACUUUAGUGUUUUUCGAACGGAUGGUCAAUUCUUUGAGUAUGGGGAAAAUAUUACAGGAGGAACUCUUGAAUUUUCUCAUGGAGAAAACCAUAGAAUUAUCAUGUCAAUAUCCAGAAAAUCUUCAAGGAAUUACUUUGGUUUUGAUUGGAGCACAUCGAUACAUGACCUUGGAUCUGUAUACAACAUUGUUUACUGAUAUUAAAAUGGUCAAGGGACUUUUCGAAUACGCUCAUUAUUUGAUUAAAAUUGAUACGCCGUCAUAUCAACAAAUCAUGGAAAUCAUCGUCAGCCAUUUGAACCAAGCAUCGGAAAAUACCUUGAACUAUUUGGUUUCAAAUUGUCAAGUAAUGGAGAAAUGCUAUGAACAAGUUAUGAUAAUUUCUAAAUCGCCAGCUAAGGACUCACAGAAAAAUCUAUCAAAAAUAGUUCUUAGAUUGAUAACAAUUAUAAACCAAAAUGACGAGAAGGCUUUGGCCUUCAUGGCAUAUUCGAUCUUCUCCCUGCUUCUUGCCAAGAAUUUAAUUGAAGAUCGAGAGUACGUAAACACUGUACUUGAAGAAUUUAAUGACAGUUGGGGUCGAUCGAACAUUUUGGAUUGUCAAAACGUUACUGAUGUAUUGGAUGUUAUCUUCACUUCUGAGCACGCUACAGAUGCAUUGAUUUGUUUUGGUUUGAUAUUAAUGUCCACUUUCGUCAAUACUAAAGGUUAUGGAUCAAAAGAAUAUUGGAAUUGGAUGAAAACAACGUCAUCGGGUAUUCGAAAUAAUGAAAAGUGGACCAAGAAAACAAGAGAGUCCGCAUCAUCAGUUUUGAAUAAAAUGUCGACGAUAGAGGAGGAAUGGAUCUCUUAG